GAACAGAAUGAUGAAUUGCCUUUGGUUUUCAGUUUUAUUUAUUGUACUUUAUGUUAAAUUUUCCUCCACUAUUCCACUACUUUCAGAAGUGGAGAAAAAUGAGCAGGACUGGCAAUUUGCAGAGACAUAUUUGAACAGAUUUUACAAGCUUGAAGACAGUUCACCAAAGUUUGCAAGAAAGCUGGAGAACUAUGUAUCAAAGAGGUCCCUAUCAGAUAAGAUUAAGAAAAUGCAAGAAUUCUUUGGUCUUCAGGUAACUGGGAAUCUGGAUUCGGCAACAAUGGAAGUCAUGGAAAAGCCUCGAUGUGGAGUCCCCGAUGUUGCUGAAUACAAUCUCUUUCCAAGAAAGAUUAAAUGGAAGAAAAACAAUAUCACAUACAGAAUCCUAAACUAUACUCCAGACAUUUCAUCCGUGGAUGUGGAUAAAGCAAUUAAGAAUGCAUUUAAGAUUUGGAGUGAUGUCACACCUUUAAAUUUCACAAAAAUUUACGAAGGAGAAGCUGAUAUUAUGAUCGCUUUCGGAGCUCAAGAACACGGUGAUAGUUAUCCCUUUGAUGGAGCUGAUGGAUUAUUGGCCCAUGCUUUCCCCCCUGCAGCAGGCAUUGGAGGUGACACACACUUCGAUGAAGAUGAGACCUGGACAAUGGGGUCAAAUGGUUAUAACUUGUUCCUUGUGGCUGCCCAUGAAUUUGGCCAUGCACUCGGACUGGCUCACUCUCGGGAUCCAGGUGCAUUAAUGUACCCGACCUACACUUAUACAAAUAUGGAUGAGUUUCGCCUUUCUUGGGAUGAUGUCAAGGGAAUCCAGGCUCUGUAUGGUAAAUCAAACAAAGUCAAUCCAAAACCCAGACCACCACCACCACAGACACCAGAGAAAUGUAAUCCAAACCUAUCCUUUGAUGCAGUUGCUGGGCUUCGGGGAGAAAUGAUGUUUUUCAAAGACAGGUUUUUCUGGAGAAGAAAUGUACAACUGCCUGAGGUUGAAUUGACUUUAAUUCGGUCAUUCUGGCCCAAGUUACCUGCACGGAUCGAUGCAGCCUAUGAAAACCAGGAGAGGGACUUCCUGGUUGUUAUUAAAGGGAACAGAUACUGGGCCAUCAAUGGCUAUGAUAUCAUGCCACGUUAUCCAAAGUACAUCUACCGAUUUGGUAUUCCGAAAUCCGUCAGGAAAAUCGAUGCAGCUGUACAUAUUGCGGAGACAUCAAAGACUCUAUUCUUUGCAGGAGACCGGUAUUGGAGUUAUGAUGAAAGGAAACGAGUGAUGGAUGAAGAUUCCCCACGCCUGAUAGCAGAUGACUGGCCAGGAAUCCCCGGGAGAGUGGAUGCAGCAUUUGCACAAGAUGGAUAUAUUUAUUUCUUCCAUGGAUCUACUCAGUUUCUGUUCAACAUCAGGGAGCAGCGAGUUCUUCAGGUGCACAGUAUCAACCAUUGGGUGGGCUGUUAGAGGGAGACGUAUUCAAGAUGAUCUUCCCUGCCUUUAACUGAUCCUCUACCACAUCAACAAAAGCAAUUAUUUGCUGGACUUGCAUUAACCUCAAAACCAUAUUCAACAAAUAUAAGAAAAACCUCAAAGUAUUUUUUAAUGAUUCUAGACAAUGCUGUUUUGAAGAACAAUUCCAAUUAUUAUAAACAGAUGUACUGUUUGAAGUAAUUUAUUUCUAAUGUUCAAUGUUAGUCACUUAUACAUGUUAUUUAUUAUAUUUCUAUAGAACAGAUUUAAUUUACAAAAUAUUUUUAAAUAUUUUAUGUUUUGAUAUUUAUACUGCAGUCCUGAUGUAUGUGCAGAGCAUCCAUGGUCAUGUGACAGAAGUAUUUUUAUUCAAUAUCUAAUUAUGUCAUCCUGCAUAUUCUUGAAUUACAUGCAGGGCUUUGUAACGAUAAAUGGUUCAUGAGUAAAUGAAGUGUCAGAAUAUUGUAAACCGA